AUGCAGAAAGCUACCGAUGGAGUAGAUAAGUCAGCGCAUUGGAUUUCAAAUGAAGCAACAUCAACCACGUUUAUCCUGCUACUCCACUUAUCUCUUCACACAGUCGACGAAGGACACGCAGUAAAUCCAAGUUGUACGUGUCUACGCUUCAAGUCUACCUACGCCAAGGAGCGCGGCACGUUUAGCAGCCCGGACUACCCGCGUCCCUACCCACCGCACAUUGACUGCCUUCUCUACACGUUCGUCGCGGCGCCUCACGAAAUUGUCGAACUCGUCUUCACUGACUUUGAUAUCUAUAAAGGACACCUCGACUGCGCACAAGGAGAUUACCUGAAAGUAUACUCAGAAGGCGGUGUCCACGGGCCGGGACCUCCUGGAGUGAACGAAUAUUCUGCAUGGUCGAGAAUCCUGUGUGGUAGUAGAGUAGAUACUCCACCAGCUUUAUACUCCCAUGGACCUUUGUUGGUACUGGAGUUUCACACAGCCACUAAGGCAACCAAUGCGACGGGUUUUGUUGGCAACUUUAGAUUUAUAGACAGAAGAAAUUUCGAGACAGAUGGCGUUCGAGUUCCAGAGACGUGGUGCGAUUAUUUGUUUCACUCACAGCCAAACAGGCCGGCUCACGGAAGAUUGUACAGCCCUCGGUAUCCUUCUAGUUAUCCUAGCAAUGUGAGAUGCACUUACCAUUUUAAUGGAAGGCAAAGCGAACGGAUCAAGUUAGUUUUCGAAGAAUCGUUCCUUCAGAAAGGCGACGAGAGUUGCCUCAAUCGUGCAGAUAUAAUAAAAGUAUUUGACGGACGCACUACAUCAGCGCCAGUGCUGGCCUUGUUGUGUAACGAAGUUGUUGGUUACGAGAUACUGUCUACCGGGACGGAUUUAAUGGUUCAAUUCACGGCCAACUCCAAUACUCCGGGUCAAGGAUUCAAAGCGAGCUACCAGUUUCAAAUGGACGAUGAUACUAAUUCAGAUGGAGAUAUUAAUAAGAAAUCAACCACAACGGAGGGAAUAUCCGGCUUAGGACCCGCUGUAAGCGCGGCCACAUCGUCUUGUCACCAAGUAUUCAGCAGUGAUAAGAGCAAGACGGGUAAAUUAAUAUCGCCUCUAUAUCCCUCGCCGUAUCCUAUGAAAACGCAGUGUCAUUAUGACUUCCUAGCCAGAGGAAGAGAGCGAGUGAGGCUCGUGUUCGAAGAUUUCAGUUUGCAGAGAAUCUCAGAACAUAUUAUUGAUUGCGAGAGUAUGGAUUCUCUCGACGUAUUUUUGUAUGUAGAUGGACGUCUCGAAAAGAUGGCAUCAUUUUGCGGCAACGAUAUACCAAAGCCAAUAAUGUCCAAUGGACCCAAGUUAUCUAUCGAAUUCCGUGGGAUAUACUCUUCGAGACAUGCCAGGGGGUUUAAGAUAUCAUAUUCUUUUGUUGAAGAUUACGGAAUCGCUACGGGGAGACAACUUUUAGAAUUCCCAUGUGCCUUUGUAUAUAAUAGCAGUGAGAGAAACAAAGGUGUGAUGACAUCACCGAAUCACCCCGGCCUCUAUCCACGGGAUACAGAGUGCAAUUACUUCUUCUAUGGAAAUGAAAAUGAAAGAGUACAUUUACAUUUCACUUAUUUCGACGUUGAAGGUGUGGUCCCAUGUGAAGCAGUAUCAGCUAGUGACUACCUCCAGUUUUCCCAUCAAAUGAUUGAAGCACAAAGUCACAGAUAUUGCGGACAAAUCAAAGAGCUACAAGUUACUUCACAAAAGAACUUUUUAAGGAUUACUUUCAGGUCUAAUGACCGGUUGGAUGGUACAGGGUUCAAAGCCAACUACAUAUUCUUGAGAGACUCCGAAAUAAAUAGUAUGACUAUGCCAAAUACUAUAGAUACAGGUACUACAAAUUGUAUGUCUAAAUAUUUAAUCUUGGUAUGUUUGUGCCAACUUCUAUUGAAUAGCAGUUGA